UCCUUUUUUUUUUCUUUUUUACCAUUUGCAAACCCUAACCCCAAAAUUAGAACACUCUCAAAUCUCCCCUACUCUCCACGGCUGGGACUAUUACUGGGCAUUAAAUCAGCGUUGAGGUUUCACACAUGACCCAUCGUGCCUGGCCUGUGCUAAUUCUGAGGAGACACUCCUUUAUAUUUUACGCGAUUGCUCCAACAUUCAUGGAGUUUGGAAUUCUAUGGUGCAAUCUCAUUUUCCUGGAUCUUUUUUUACUGCUCAUUAUAAAUCUCGUAUAAUAUCAAAACUUAGUAUCACAAUAAAUAGUGUAAAUCUCUUGAUGAAUGGCUUACUAUAAAUCUCUCCUGUAAUGCUCCUCUUUAUAAUGUUUUUGGAAUAUUUGCUUUGUUUCGAUGAGGAAGAAGGAAAAACGAUUGUUCGGAAACUUCCUAGUGAUUCUUUGAGUAUCAAUGGACACACAUUCACGUUUGACUCAGUUGCCAGCUCGGAUGCAACUCAGCGAGAUAUAUUCCGGCUUGUGGGAGCACCACUAGUUGAAAAUUGUCUUACCGGGUUUAAAAGUUCAGUGUUCGCUUACGGGCAGACUGAGACUGGUAGUGGAAAGACUUGCACGAUCUGGGGUCCAGCCAACGCCUUGUUGGAAGAAAAUUUAUCAAGUGACCAACAAGGCUUAACUCCCUGUGUGUUUGAGCGACUCUUUGCUCGUAUAAAUGAGGAGCAAAUUAAGCAUGCUUAUAAACAACUCAAGUACCAAUGUCAGUGUUCUUUGUAUUAUCAGAUUGUUUAGCUUUGUAUUAUUCUUAUUUUUUACCCCUUUUUUCACUUUAUUAGAUCUAUAAUGAGCAAGUCACGGAUUUUUUGCAUUAUAAGGAGCGUAGAAGUCACGCGAUUGCUCCUCUUGAUGAAUGGCUUACUAUAAAUCUCUCUUGUAAUGCUCGUCUCUAUAAUGUUUGUCCUUGGAAUAUAUCAUUGGAAUAUUUUCCAAUGAUAUACUAUUGACUCAUCCUCGCUGCUCAACCGUAGCAUCUCCUGGGCUAAACACUACCUCGACGCUGCUGUUUCUUUCACCGAUUUUUAGCCUUAUAAUGCUGAGUUAAUCCGGUGGCAACCUCUAGGACAUAGUUGGGUUUGCCUCAACACCGACAGUGCCGUCUUUGUGCCAUCCAAUCUCGGCACUGCUGGUGGCAUUUUCCGAGAUCACAUGGGUACGUUUCUCCUGGGUUAUAGUCCUCGGUGAUCCAUGCAGAAUUAUGAGGCGUUUACGAGGGUCUGAAGCUGGCUUGGUCGAAGGGAUUUCACCACGUCUUGGCGCAAACCAACAACGUAACUGUCCUUGAUCUCCUCUCCCCCUCGUCCUCGGAGAGUCCAUUUGCUCUGGUGCGUAACAUUACUGGUAUGUGCUCAAGUUCCUAGUAUGUCGAAUUUGUUGCAAUUCGAAGAGAAGCAAAAUUUUCUGCCGAUCACUUUGCCUAACUUUCGAAACCUCACGAUCACCUCCUCACUGUGUAUGAUGCACCUCCGACUUGAUUUCCAACGGGGGUCGGGUUAUCCCAACGCUGAUUUGAUACAAGAUUAUAGGCACGAUGGGUCAUGUAUGAAGCGCUUAUGAGUCAUUGUUGGGACUAUU